AUGUCGCUCGAUCACGAUGACCUGCUCAUGGAAAGACUCUCUCCGGCCCAGUCGGCGGAGCCCGCUUUGACCCCGGAAGAAAAAAAACUCCACACCGUCGUUGAUGAAAAACAGCAGCUCAUGGUCGAACAGAGCCGAGCGUUCUUGGAAAGUCUCUUUGCUGAAAACUCCACCAUUCCCGUGCGGACGAAAAACGUGCAAGUCACCAACAGCCAGCAUCUUCGCAACUCGUUUCUUGCCGCACAAUUGCGUCCGUUACUAGAGCGGGAUUUGGUCACGCUCGCACAGUUCCUCAAGAGCACCGAUGAGGUUUAUCGCAAUCUCGCAAAACACGAUAUUCUAGAGCAGUGCCAAGUAUCGUUGCACCAGCUCCCGAAACAGCCCUGGUCACGGGCGCCGCCCCGCACCUUAGACUUGGUUCCUGUCUUCAACAUUGUGCCACAGAAGAAAUUCUACGCCAAAACAGGCACGAAUAUCGGCAAUGGGGAGGGCGACGGCUACAUACAGUUCCAGCUCAAGAAUCUCUUUGGUGGCGCUGAAAACGUUGUCUUCGAUGCAGUGACAGGCACGAAAACCCCCUCGUCCUAUGUGUUCAACUACUCGCAGCCCAUCAACAACUACUCGCGCUUUCUUUGGGACUCGCUGGUCUAUGUCAACACGAGAAACCUCGACUGGAUCCAGAGCAGUGUGGAUACUAAGGGCACCACGCACAAGAUCUCCAGCAGACUCGACUCCAAGCUCAACUUUGAUCUCUCGUUUGAGAAUGCCUGGAGAAGACUCAGCAACCACGGCUCGCGAUCCAUGGAGGUGAUCCGCCAGCUGAAAGACACGUUCAAAUCGUCAGUGUUGUUCAAUAUCAAGUACGACACACGCGAUCACCCCAUCACGCCGACAAUAGGGAGCUUCGCACGUGUUGGGAUCGAGAAAUGUGGGCUCUUUCGGCUCAACAACGUUUCGUUCACAAAGCUUGUAUGGGAAGGCCAGAUGGCAUGCAAAUUGAGCGAAACCCAGACGUUGAUCGCGUCAAACAAGGCAGGUGCGCUCUUUGGUACAGCGAACAGGACCAGCAAUGUUCUAGACAGGUUUCACAUGGGUGGACCCAACGACGUCCGCUCGUUUUUGCUGCAGGGCUUAGGGCCCAAAGAGAACAACUCUUCUGUUGGAGGAGACUACUUCCUCAGUGGAGGGUUGUCCCUCCUAUCUCACAUACCAAGAACGCCGAAAGACUCGAACUUCAAGUUCCACACAUUUGUCAAUUCCGGCAAGCUUGUGAAAGGGGGCGACACUUUCCCCAACGUGGUGAAGAAACUCACGAAGGAACACUCCAUCAGUAUCGGCACUGGCAUUCUCUACAAUCACCCACUGGCUAGGUUUGAGCUCAAUUUCGUGCUACCCAUAACUGCGCAUUCCACCGACUACUUGAGAAAGGGCAUUCAGUACGGCGUCGGGAUCUCUUUUUUGUAA